GAAAUCAGGAUUAGCUUGGCAGGCGGUGGUGGUGUUGUUGGAACUUGGAGAUUAUGAGGAGCGUAGGGAGGAUUUAUUUGGUCUCUUUCACCUUUACAUUAUCAUGGGAAACCACCACUGCCGUCACUGGCAACAACUCAAGUGGGCUUUUCUUUUCGCUAAGGAUGAUGAAGGAUGAGGAAUAGUAAUAUUCUUUGCGGUAGUAGCCCCGUACGCAAACAGUCAGGUUUUCUCUCAGGACUCCAUCCAUCCAGCGUACUUUCUACUUGUUUCAAUUGCUAGACCUAGAAAACUACCCAGAAUUCUCAGAUUGUGCAAGGGAGAAAGCGGUGUUAAUGGCGGAGCUCAAUUCCUGCUAAAACAAGAGCGAUCAGGACUCCAUCCAUCCAGCUUACUUUCUACUUCUUUCAAUUGCUAGACCUAGAAUACUAUUAUCCCAGCAUUCUCAGAUUGUGCAAGGGAGAAAGUGGUGUUAAUGGCGGAACUCAAUUCCUGCUAAAACAAGAGCAAUCAGGAUUGUUGGGAUUAAGGAACGAGAACGAACGACCCUUCUGUUUUCCUUCUUAGGGCUUGAAAAGGUUUUUGGUUUGGAAUGAUAUGGUGGGGAGCGGAGUGGAAUGGUUUUUGAGGUGAUGAGGAAAAUGGGAGCGCAGUAGAUCGGUGGGUUUUGUAGAUCUGCUGGACACGAGCGAAUUUUAGUGUGAUGGAGAAUCUAAACAAUGCUGCCGCUGAGGUUCCUUAUGGCGUUAACAUGGGCGACUACGGUCACGCGGUUGGCAGUUCCAUGAUGGCGCUAAUGACGGCGCUUGAAGCGCGUGGUGAUGGUGAGAGAAGAUUACCGUUGCACAGCUCGUAUUCAUCAUUUCAUGCACCGCCCGCUGACUGCCUUGUUUCUGCUGCCGCGAUGUUUCAGGCGGAGAAGCUGCACCGCCGACCUGUUUCUUUAAUUGAACACCAAUUGCUUUCUGCCGAGCCUAUUUCUUCCUUGCCGUUUGUCAAGACCGAAGAAGGUUGCCCUUAUCCUGGAAGCAGAAUUCAAUUCCAUAGAGAACAACCCGUGUAUUGCUAUGCCGAGACAGAAACCACUCAGUUGGCAAGCCCAACGGUCACUUCUUUUGCCUCGCAUGGCAGAGAAAUUGAUAGUCCUCAUUUCAGUAUCAGUACCAGUACUAGGACUCCAAUUAGUAGUGCUGUCAAGGAAGAGGGAACGGAGGCUUUGAAGGUUAAAAUAUCAGCUCAUCCAAAGUACCGUUCUUUGUUGGAGGCUUAUAUCCACUGUCAAAAGGUUGGGGCUCCGUCUGAUGUCGUGGCUCGUUUGGAUUCGAUUGCCAACGAAUAUGAAAAUCGACAGAGGCGAACAACAAUCACCGUCGGAAUGGAUCCAGAACUUGACCGGUUCAUGGAGGCUUACCAUGAUAUGUUAAUUAAGUACGAAGAGGAGCUUACAAAGCCAUUCAAGGAAGCCAUGGCGUUUUUUAAGAAGAUUGAAAAUCAGCUUAGUUCUAUAACCAAAGGGACCAUCAGAAUUUCACCCUCAGCCGAAAGUGAUGAGAAAACUGAGGGAGGUGGGUCUUCAGACGAGGGAGAUUGCGGCACUGGAGAAAUGGAGUUCGAGGAAGUGGAUCACCAUUCACAAGACAGAGAAUUGAAGGACCGUCUUCUUCGUAAAUAUAGUGGUUACCUAAGCAGUCUGAAGCAAGAAUUUAUGAAGAAGAAGAAGAAAGGAAAGUUACCCAAAGACGCUCGACAGAAACUAUUCGAGUGGUGGACUCUACACAACAAAUGGCCUUAUCCUUCGGAGACUGAAAAGGUAGCAUUGGCUGAAUAUACUGGACUAGAUCAGAAGCAAAUUAAUAAUUGGUUUAUAAACCAACGAAAGCGCCAUUGGAAACCUACUGAGGAAUCUCAGUACGUGGUAAUGGAAACCCACACUCCUCAUCGUAAUGCCUUUUACGUCGAAAGACAUCUCAUACCAGAUGGAUCUGCCUUCCAUUUAGAUUGCUGAAGGAAGGGCCUUUCUUUUCUGCUUGCAACGCUUUAAAUUUUGUGGCCUCUCAGGAUGCCCAGUCAUGACACCAACGUCGCUUCAAAAGCAGAUAAUUCCUGCAUACUCUCUUUGAUUAAUAUAUUAAUUCUAAUGUAAUCCCACCUGGUAGAAAUGUGUAUUUUUUAUAUAUUGAUUUUUCAAACGCUGCCUAUAUCAGGCUUAUUUAUCAUUGUGUCACUGCGUGCCCGCGUUGUGUUAGUCUUCUCCAUGAAAUCUUAAUCUAAUGGGCUGGAAUAUCAUAUGAAAUUUCAUUUCACUGUAUUA